AUGGGCUCCCUUCUCUGGUGUAGCUUUGUGCUGACCUGUGGCAUGAUUCUAUUGCGGAAAGGGGGCGACGGAGCCCAGCAGACCAAGGCCAAUGUGCCGCGGCUAAAACUCUCAUACAAAGACAUGUUGGAGUCCAACAACCUUUUGACAUUUGAAGGUCUGCUCAACAGUUCUUCUUACCACACCUUCCUUCUCGACGAAGAGAAAGGAAGACUGGUGGUGGGAGCCAAAGACCACAUUUUCUCCUUCAACCUCCUCAACAUCAGCAAAGAUAUCGUACAGAUCCCUUGGCUAGCGUCUCCUAUCAGGAGAGAUGAAUGCAAGUGGGCCGGAAAAGAUCUCUCGAGAGAGUGCGCAAACUUUGUCAAGGUGCUGCAGCCAUUCAAUCAGACUCACAUCUACGUGUGUGGAACAGGAGCAUUUCACCCAGUGUGUUCCUACCUUGAGGUGGGAAAGAAAUUAGAGGACAACAUUUUUCGACUCCUGCCUCACACCGAAAACGGCAGAGGAAAAAGUCCCUACGAUCCGAAGCUUCUCACUGCAUCCAUGCUGAUCGAUGGGGAAUUGUACGCAGGCACUUCGGCUGACUUCAUGGGACGGGACUUUGCCAUCUUCCGCACCUUAGGAAAGCAUCAUCCAAUCAGGACAGAGCAGCAUGAUUCCCGCUGGCUCAAUGAUCCCAGGUUCGUUGGUGUCCAUCUGAUUCCAGAGAAUGACAACCCGGAGGACGAUAAAAUCUACCUCUUCUUCAGAGAGAACGCCAUUGAUGGAGAGCACGCCGGGAAAGCCACGCAUGCUCGAAUUGGCCAGCUCUGCAAAAAUGACCUCGGGGGCCACAGGAGUCUGGUGAAUAAGUGGACCACCUUCUUAAAAGCUCGUCUCGUCUGCUCUGUGCCAGGAAGUAACGGCAUUGACACACAUUUUGAUGAACUCCAGGAUGUUUUUCUCAUCAGCACCAAGGAUCCCAAGAGCCCAAUCAUCUAUGCGGUGUUCACUACAUCCAGCAACAUCUUCAAAGGUUCAGCCGUAUGCAUGUACAGCAUGACUGACAUCCGCAGAGUCUUCCUGGGUCCUUACGCUCAUCGAGACGGACCCAACUAUCAGUGGGUGCCCUUCCAGGGGCGAGUUCCUUACCCACGGCCCGGCACAUGUCCCAGCAAGACAUUCGGAGGAUUCGGCACGACCAAGGACCUUCCUGAUGAAGUCGUAGUGUUUGCCCGAAGCCAUCCGGCCAUGUUCAAUCCCGUCUACCCCAUCAAUAACAGACCGAUCAUUGUUAGAACCGAUGUGGACUAUCAGUUCACACAGAUAGUGGUGGAUAAAGUAGAAGCUGAAGACGGCCAGUAUGACGUCAUGUUCAUCGGCACAGACAUAGGAACAAUUCUGAAAGUGGUAUCAAUCCCAAGAGGCUCGUGGCAUGACUUGGAGGAAGUCCUGCUGGAGGAAAUGACUGUUUUCAGAAAGCCAACAGCCGUUACAGCAAUGGAGCUUUCAACAAAGCAGCAACAACUGUACCUGGGCUCAGAUAUGGGUGUGUCCCAAAUGCCUUUGCAUCGCUGUGAGGUUUACGGAAAGGCCUGCGCUGAAUGCUGCCUGGCGAGGGACCCCUAUUGUGCAUGGGAUGGGACCGAGUGCUCAAGAUACUUCCCCAUGGCCAAGAGGCGAACCAGGAGACAAGAUAUCAGGAAUGGAGACCCUCUUACGCAAUGUUCAGAUCUGCAAGACCAUGAUGAACUCAGUGAGCAGAAAACCCUGGAGGACAAGAGUGUCUACGGUGUGGAGAACAGCAGUACCUUCCUCGAGUGCAGCCCCAAGUCGCAGCGAGCGCUGACUUACUGGCAGUUUCAGCACUCUCCGGACGAGCGCAAACAGGAGAUCAAAUCAGAGGAACGUUUUAUUCACACAGAGCAAGGUCUUUUGAUCCGCACGCUCAACAAGAAGGAUUCUGGAAUCUAUCUGUGCCAAGCAGUAGAGCACGGCUUCAUGCAGACGCUUUUGAAGGUGACCCUGGAGGUAAUCGAUACCCAGCGCCUUGAGGAUCUUCUGCACGGUGUCGACGAGGCCGUCACCAACACGUCGGUGCAGGACCUCUUACCACCUCGGGAGGCUGACAGUCACAAGCUGUGGUACCGAGACUUCCUGUCCUUGGUCAAUCACCCGACUCUGAACAGCGUGGACGAGUUUUGCGAGCAAGUCUGGAAGCGGGAGCGCAAGCACAAGAAGCAAAAAGCUCACCUGGUGCAGCACCAGCAAAAGCCAGUGCUGAAUGUCCACAGCCACAUGCACAAUCAAGGCCUGGCAGUCAAGUGGAAACACAUGCAAGACAGGCAAAAAGGGCGCAAUCGCAGGACCCACGAGCUGGAACGGGCCCCCCGCAGCGUCUGACCCAUAAACCAUGUCUUAAAGCUCACCCCUCGAUUCUCAUUCUGUGUCCCUCAUGGCUGUUCCCAUUAACUGAGCUACGGACUCUUUCCACAGUGACUGGCUUGAAAGCAUAUUUCUUCCGGCCCAAACUGCCAGCUGCUGUGCUCCGUGCACGGGCGUGCCGGGGCUGAGGACUGUUGUGCCACAGCAGACGCUCGGGUCAUGUUAUCUCAGCUGCUUGGGGACACUAAGUGUCAAAUAGCACGAAAAGUGAACACUCAAACCAGCCUCAUAGACACUCGUGGCCUCGUGACAAUUUACUGUCUACGACUUUGGACGUGGCGACGCUGGUGGUGGCCGCGUGGUUUUAAUAGAAGCACAAGACAACAGCCCGAACACUGCACGACACUGGGAACAACGCAACGGCACCACAAAUAUGUAGCUAAAACCGUGUAAAUACGAUGACAUAAAAAAGGGAGUAUAUCACAUUGUUUCCAUGUUGUUUCUCAUGAUAGUUAUUUAAGAAGCCAUUUUGUACUCGUCUGUGUGUUCGUGCCAUAGAUAAGCUUCAGAAACAAAGGACAUGGGGUAUGCUUCCGUUCUGUCCAUCUCAGCAGAUUCUUGCCGGCGUUCCUAAAGAUUCCUCAAAGGCGCCGUUCCGUCUCCGUGCAUGAAAUGCGACAAGUUAUUCCGACAUUGAAUAUAAUCUUCUGCAACCUGUGUAUUUAUUGCUUAUACUCCUAUGUGCAUUGUGAAAAUAUUUCUAUAUUAAAAUGUCUGACUGCUUUAUUGGACCAAGCGUAGUAUCAAAAAUAUUUAGGGACUGAAAUAUCAAGGAGAUAUUUGUCAAUAACAGUCAACGAUGAGCACUGAGCAAUAACACAAUAUCCCCUCGUCAUAUAUCGCUUCAUUAAAUAUCGUCCGAGUCUUUCUAUGAAGCACACGCACAUGCUGGAAUGUAGCUGUGAACAUUUUGUAAAUACCGACGCCGUUCUCCAUGUUUGCAGACAUGGUGAGCUUCUGCAUGCGACUGUUAUUGUAGCGUCCCUAUUUUGCUAUGACAGUAAUGUAUUCGUCUCAUGGUGAGCACACAGAAGACAACAACAACAAUGUAAAUUACUAUGUUUUUUUUUUUUUUUUUUUACUGUAAAAUUACCAGAUGUCUGCACACCAGAUAACAUGACACCAAGCAACGAUGUACAGUAUGUAGAAACAAAUGUGCAGCACAUCAGUACAGUAUGUCGUCUUGGAAGUGUUUCUCAGCCUUAUCCACCAUUGUGACUAUGGCAGAUGAAAAUAAUAUGAGCUAAACGAUACCGUAACUAAAGGUAUUCAUGCAAUAUGAUAAACUGAUGAUCAUAAAAAGAUAAUAUAUGAUUCCAAGUGAGGAUAUCAAGCUCUGCUGCUGCUUUGGCAUGGUGAUGUAUUCUACUGUUCAAAUAAAUGUCUCUUCAUAAAA